UUUCAAAUGUGACCGGGUGCGGAUUGGCGCAAAAUCUUCGCCAUAAUCUUGGGUUUGAUUUGCGCGAGCGCGCGUGCUUCGAACGUCUUCGUCGGAACUCGAAAUCGAACAGCGAAUGUUUGUUUUAGUCGGCGACACGACACGUGUGUGAACCCGGAUUGCGCAGCCCCAUUCUUCAGCGGUGUUGAUAGAUACGUGUCGGCGGUGUUGCUUGUUGAUUGGAUCGAUUAAUGUGAUGAGCAAGCUUAUGGUUUGCUUGCACCGCUACCGAAAUGUGAAGAGGUUGGAUGCUUAAUUAUGUUUCGGAGGCGAUGAAGAAGAUGUAAUCGAAGCGGUUUGUGUCAAAUGGAGUCAUGAUGGUGAUUUGCAGCGUGAGGUGAACAAAAAAAAACUCCGGAUGUUGUAAUAGUGGUGAUCAAUUGCAAAAUGGAAUUUAUGAAAAAUGAAGACAAACAUGUACACAUAAGUGAACGCACUAUACAUAGUUUAUUUGAGUAAUACCCAUCGACUAACGGAAUAGUAGCAGCCAUGGAUAAAACAAGAAGUUAUAUGCACACGAAAAAACCAACCAAACCCCGUAAAUAUUUUGCCUUCCUGUUUGCAAUCGUCAUCGCGUGCAUGUUCACACUUCUCUCGCUUCUGCAGACCAACUAUGCCGGGGCGCAAUUCCGGUAUGGAUCCACCGACGAACAAACUCUGCUGCAUCCCGUCGAUCUAACGGAUCACGUUCGAGUUCUGUGUUGGGUUAUGACCACCCCGGCCAAUCACGAAACCAAAGCCCGACAUGUGAAGCAAACCUGGGGUCGCCGUUGCAACAAGCUGCUGCUAAUGAGCUCUUCCGAGGACGCGAAGGUCGGAACGAUUGCACUGGCUGGUGUUGGCGAAGGACGCCAAUCGCUGUGGAACAAGACGAGAGAAGCGUUCCGAUAUGUGUACGAGCAGCACGUGAACGAGUACGAUUGGUUCUUGAAGGCCGACGAUGAUACGUACGUUAUCAUGGAGAAUUUGAGGUUUUUCCUUUAUCCGUAUUCACCGGAGCUUCCGAUUUUUUUCGGUAGUAAAUUCCGUUACCCAGAAUACGUUAGUCAAGGGUACUUUUCUGGUGGAGCAGGAUAUGUUCUCAGUAGAGAAGCGUUGAAGCGGUUUGCAGAACGAGCUUUGAAUAACACUGAGACUUGUUCCACAGCCUAUGAUACAGAGGAUCUGGAGAUGGGACGCUGUAUGGAAAGUGUCAACGUGACCGCUGGCGAUUCACGUGACCUGAUGGGUCGGAAACGCUUUCUGCCCAUGGAGCCCUUGUUCCAUCUGACGACUAAUCCAGCGGAAGAUCCCGACUUUUGGUACAAACAUUACUCAUUUUACGAACCAUUCUACGGUCGAAAUUGUUGCUCGGACCUGGCCAUCAGUUUUCACUAUAUCCAAGGUCUACAGAUGUACGUGAUGGACUACUUGAUAUACUCACUGCACCCAUAUGGAGUGUACUUUAGAAAUCCUGCGCUGCCGCCAAAGAAAUCCUGGGACGAAGCGUUAGUCGUACCCGGGCCGUAUCCCUUGCCGAGUAGUACGUCUACAACUACUACUACCACGACGACAACUACUGAGGCAACGACAACUACCGAACAAAGCGAAACCAAUGCCCAGUCCGAGAGCAGUACUACCUUAGAUAUUACUCAGGCAAUUGAUGCCCUAAACGAUGUCAGUAUUGAACAAUCCCAAAUAGAUCAUGUCGUUGAUCGAUUGUUAGAGAAUAAUGUAUUUUUAGAGAAGAUGUUGGAAAAGUUGAAAUCGCAUAAUAAAUCUAUGUCAUAAUCGAUAAAAUCAAUAG